GGGAAGCGAUCCCGUGGGACCCGAGGGGAAGUAAACCCACGCGUCGACUUCUGGGACACCCCAAGGCUCGGGGCUCUUUGUCCGGUGACGCUGCCAGCUCACGAAGUGCCAGGGGCCAAACCGGCCCACAUAGCAGCGGCACGACAGCCUCCCCCAGAACGCAUUGCAACCGGCCCUGCAAGAACCCCAUAGCCAAGCCCCGAUGGUGUCGAGCAUCCCACCCGUCUAGUCCAGCGGAUGGAAAACGCGACAAAGUUCCCCUGAGACCAGGACAGAACCGGUGUGCAGAGAUGCCCAAGCCGCGCGCCGCCAGCGACUCUUGUGCCAGUAGGCCCUAGACUCGGCUCAGGACAGGGGGAGGGAGACGCUCGGUCCGCGCACGCAGAGCGCGCGUGGACAGAGUGAUGCUCCAGGCGCUGUCUACUUCACGUCUGCUCCGGUUCGGCCCAGCCAGUCCCACCCGAACAGCUACUCCGGCACAGCUGCGGCGUGCCCUUCCGCUGGCUCUAGCUGUCCGAAGACUUGGAGCCAUUUUAAGGAGAAACCAUCUGGCCACACCCCCUCGCGCUCCCGGGAAGCCAAUCCACGCCCGGCCACGCCUCUCCUGGAGCGCCGCGCCGCCGCCAACGGUCGCACGGGUGACGGUUGGGGAGGGCAGCGAUUUCGAGACUCGCUGCGGAAACCUUAGCCAUGGGCCCCGCCCACGGAGCCCGGCUCCCCAAAGCCUGGGAUUAGGGGCCUGGAGGCUGGCACCACACCUUGGCCAGGUGUUCAUAACAGGGCCAGGUGCGCAGCUGCCCCGCCCCGGUCCCCGGGAGCCCUGAAUAAUGGCUGAGAACCCGAGGAACAGGCCCCAGCUGUGGCCUAAAACAAUACCCUGAGGGCACCCGUGCUAGCAGGUGUCCCCCUCCUUAGGGACAGUCGGGAGGCCUGCCUGGGGCGGGGCGGGCAACAGGUCCUGACACAAGAACCGCGCCGGGGGACGGAGUCUACUGAGACAGAUGUCAGCGCCCUCUGCGCCGGGCCAGUUGCGCGGUGCCCUCCGGGACGCAGGGGGCGCUGUGGCCGCGCGGAGACAGACAACAUUGCGGUCCCAUCACCCCUUCGCCCCUGUGUCUAACCCGCCGUGCAGCCAUGGCCGCCGCUCUUGGCCUUCGCUGCCUGUCGCGAGCGCAACCUGCGCGGCUCUGUGGGCGCGUGGAUCUGCUGCGGAGGACCCCGCGGCGGGGCCACCGGCUCUCUCCCGCGGAUGAUGAGCUGUACCAGCGGACUCGCAUCUCUCUGCUGCAGAACGAGUUCCCUCAGGCCGUGUACAUUGACGGCUACAAUAGCAGAGGCUUCACGAUCAACGGAAACCGCGUGCUUGGCCCGUGCGCGCUGCUCCCACAGACGGUGGUCCAGUGGAAUGUGGGAUCUCAUCAGGAUAUCACUGAAGAAAGCUUCUCCCUUUUCUGGAUGCUGGAGCCUAGAAUAGAGAUUGUUGUGGUGGGCACUGGAAACAAGACUGAGCGGCUGCACUCCGAAGUACUACAGUCCAUGAGGCAACGGGGCAUCGCUGUGGAGGUGCAGGAUACGCCCAAUGCUUGUGCCACUUUCAACUUCCUGUGCCAUGAAGGUCGAGUGACAGGAGCCGCCCUCAUUCCCCCUCCUGGAGAGACUACACUCACUUCUUUGGGUCAUUCUGCAGAAUGAAACACCAGGAACAGUCAAGGAGGGCACUGGCACCUUGCCAAGUGCAGGGACUCCCAUUGUCUUCCUAACCCUCUUGGUACUUUCAACACUUGCCAUGCUUACCCAGGAUAAUAACUCAUACUUCUAUGUACAAGUA